AUGCGUGCUACUACUUUCACCGCUGUUUUCGCUUCCCUUCUCACGGCUGUUGCUGCUGUUCCCCAGGGCUUCAGCUGCAAGUCCGAGGGCUUCUGCACCUACAGCGACCCCAACUGCAACUUCUGCCUCAACAUUGAUGCUGCCGCCAAGAUCAAAGUCUGCCAGGCCAUUGACCCCACCUACAAGAGCGCCCCCGGCGACAUCACCCGUGGACCUUCAGGAGCCGACUUCCAGUGCGUGGUUACUUGCUGCCACUAA